UAUAUAAAUCAUUUUCCAUAUGUGUCUUCUCUUUGUCAGAGUGAGUCUCAGCACACCAGCAUCUCCUCCCUAAAACCCUAACCAAAAAAAACCAAAACCAACCUUCACCACCACUGAACUCAACCCCCACCUCUCUUUCACGCCCUCUCACUCGGAUCCUCAAUUCGGAUCCCAAUGGCGGAGAAUUCUUUGGAUUCUCUCGUUUCCAUUGCCGGGUUGGUAUCCACCCAGUCCACCAAGACCCGGGUCCGGAUCUUCCGCCAUGAACUCCCACCGGUUCUUGACAAUCCAGCAAUGUGUACAGAGCUUGCAUCACUUUUGGUAGAUAUAAUAUUUAGAACCUUGUCAAUUUAUGAUGAUCGUGGAUCAAGGAAGGCUGUUGAUGAUCUGAUUGCAAAAGCUUUGGGUGACGUAUUGUUCAUGAAGAAUUUUGCGGCAGCACUUGUCCAAGUAAUGGAGAGGCAAUUGAAGGUCCAAUCCCAUGUAGGUUGCUACGGACUUCUCAGAUGGUCAUGCCUUCUCUUAAGCAGGAGUCAGUUUGCCACAGUUUCAAAGAAUGCAUUGUGUAGAGUAGCUGCAGCGCAAGCAUCUUUACUUAAUAUUGUUGUACAAAGAUCUUUCCGUGAGCGAAGGGCUUGCAAGCAAACUUUUUUUAAUUUGUUUUCUCAGUCUCCAAACAUUUAUAAAAUAUACAUUGAAGAAUUAAAGGAUGGGCGUAUUCCGUACAAAGAUUGUCCUGAGUUAAUACGGUUGUUACUAGAGUUCUCAAGUACAUCACCGUCUUUGUUUGAACAAUGCAAGCCUACAUAUCUUGAUAUGUAUGUUAAAACAGUGCUAAAUGCCAGAGAAAAGCCAGCACAGGUUCUAUGUGAAGCUUUUUAUUCACUUUUUACAUGUAUGUCACAUGAAGAUUUUCAAAGUAUUGUGGUUCCGUCUUCUGUUAAAAUGCUGAAACGCAACCCUGAGAUUGUGUUGGAGUCGGUUGGAAUUCUUUUGAAAUCAGUGAACCUUGAUUUGAGUAAGUACGCCACCGAAAUACUCUUGGUAGUACUACCACAGGCUCGGCAUGCAGAUGAAGGAAGACGGAUUGGGGCAUUAGCAAUAGUCAGAAGUUUGAGCCAAAAGUCUAGUAAUCCAGAUGUUUUAGAAGCGAUGUUCAAUGCUGUCAAAGCUGUAAUUGGAGGCUCAGAAGGAAGACUUGCGUUUCCAUACCAGAGAAUUGGUAUGGUCAAUGCGCUCCAGGAAUUGUCUAAUGCUCCUGAGGGAAAAUAUGUCAAUGGCCUAUCACAUGCCAUAUGUGUCUUCCUUUUGUCUUAUUACAAGGAUGAUGGGAAUGAAGAGGUAAAGCUUGCAAUUUUGUCAGCCAUAGCUUCUUGGGCGGCACGAUCUGCUGAUGCCAUUCAACCAGAUUUAGUUUCCUUUAUUGCUUCUGGACUCAAGGAAAAGGAAGCCUUAAGGAGGGGUCAUCUUCGUUGUCUACGAGGCAUAUGCGAAAAUGCUGAUGCUGUUUUACAGGUAUCAUCUUUGUUGGGUCCUCUUGUCCAACUUGUAAAAACUGGUUUUACCAAGGCAGUGCAGCGUUUGGAUGGUAUAUAUGCUUUGCUAUUAGUUGGGAAGAUUGCGGCUCUUGAUAUCAAAGCAGAGGAGACCGUUGCAAAGGAAAAGAUCUGGUCUUUGAUAUCCCAAAACGAACCCUCCCUUGUACCAAUCUCAUUGGCCUCAAAGUUAUCGACUGAGGAUUGCAUGGCAUGUGUUGAUCUUCUGGAAGUGCUGUUGGUGGAACAUUUGCGCAGAGUAUUGGAGACAUUUUCAGUCAGAUUACUAUUACAGUUAAUGAUAUUUUUGAUAUGUCAUCCAAGUUGGGAUAUAAGGAGAAUAGCUUAUAAUGCUACCAGAAAGAUAAUUACUGCAGCACCACAGUUAUCUGAAGAUCUUUUACUCGAAUUUACUAAUUUUCUUUCUGUAGUUGGAGAAAAAAUUUACCUUUCCAAGACAAGUGAUACAGAGAUUUCAGUGGACCCUCAAGUUCCUUUCCUUCCAUCUGUCGAGGUUUUGGUGAAGGCUUUAGUUCUGAUAUCUUCAGCAGCUCUAGCUGCUGAUCCAAGUUCUUCCGUGCGAGUUAUAUUCUGCUCACAUCAUCCAUGUGUAGUUGGAACAGCAAAACGAGAUGCAGUUUGGAGGAGACUUUACAAAUGUUUGCAAACACUUGGUUUUGAUGUAAUUGGCAUUUUUUCUGCUGAUGUGGGGAAUUUGAGCAAGGGCCUACUUGGACCAAUGGGGUUGAUGAGUGCUAAUCCACUUGAACAACAAGCAGCAAUAUCAUCAUUAUCCACUUUGAUGUCUAUAACACCCAGAGAUACCUAUAUAGAGUUUGAAAAGCAUUUGCAAAAUCUUCCAGACCGUUAUUCACACGACAUGCUUUCAGAGAAUGAUGUUCUGGUUUUUCAUACACCUGAAGGAAUGCUUUCCAAUGAGCAAGGUGUUUAUGUUGCAGAGUCCAUUACUGCCAAGAACACAAAACAAGCAAAGGGUCGUUUUCGGAUGUAUGAAGACCAAAAUGACAUGGAUCUUAUCGGUUCUAAUCAUUCUGUAAAGAGAGAACCAGCUAGUAGAGAAGUUGCUGGUGUGGGGAAAAAGGAUACUGGGAAGUCAACUAAGAAAGCUGAUAAGGGAAAGACAGCAAAAGAAGAGGCACGUGAAUUGCUUCUUAGAGAGGAGGCAUCCAUACGUGAGAAGGUUCAAGAAAUACAGAAGAAUUUGUCUUUGAUGCUGAGAGCUCUUGGGGAGAUGGCUGUAGCUAAUCCUGUAUUUGCACACAGUCAAUUACGUUCCCUGGUCCGGUUUGUUGAUCCUUUACUACGAUCACCAAUAGUAUGUGAAGUGGCAUUUGAAACUAUGGUGAAGCUGGCUAGAUGUACCGCACCACCUCUCUGUAAUUGGGCCCUCGACAUUGCUACUGCUUUACGCUUAAUUGUGACUGAGGAAGAUCGUCUUGUGUUCGAUCUGAUUCCAUCAGGUGGUGAUGAAGAAGCCAAUGAAAGACCAUCCUUGGGGCUUUUUGAGCGAAUAAUAAAUGGCUUGUCUGUAUCUUGUAAAUCUGGACCUCUUCCUGUAGAUUCCUUUACUUAUGUCUUCCCGAUAAUUGAGCGAAUUCUGUUAUCCUCCAAGAAGACGAGACUCCAUGAUGACGUGCUGCGGAUUGUUUAUUUGCACAUGGAUCCUCUAUUACCCCUUCCAAGGCUUCGGAUGUUAUCAGUUCUCUAUCAUGUUCUGGGUGUUGUACCAGCCUAUCAAGCAUCCAUUGCUCCUGCAUUAAAUGAGUUGAGUCUUGGUCUGCAACCCAAUGAAGUGGCACCUGCUCUAUAUGGGGUAUAUGCAAAAGAUGUUCAUGUUAGAAUGGCCUGCUUAAAUGCUGUUAAAUGCAUUCCUGCUAUUUCUAGUCGUUCUCUUCCUGAGAAUGUUGAGGUCGCAACAAGUAUUUGGAUUGCUUUACACGAUCCGGAAAAGUCAAUUGCAGAAGCGGCAGAGGACAUAUGGGAUCGCUAUGGGCAUGACUUUGGGACUGACUACUCAGGACUUUUCAAAGCGCUUUCACAUUCAAAUUAUAAUGUCCGCUUGGCUGCUGCAGAGGCAUUAGCUACUGCAUUGGAUGAAAACCCGGAUUCUAUACAGGAAUCUCUUUCCACUUUGUUUUCUUUGUAUAUCCGUGAUGCUGGUUUUGGAGACGAAAGUGUUGAUUCUGAUUGGCUGGGCAGACAAGGAAUAGCAUUGGCAUUACAUUCUGCAGCUGAUGUUCUGAGAACCAAAGACCUUCCUGUUGUUAUGACAUUUCUCAUAUCACGGGCACUGGCUGAUCCUAAUGCAGAUGUUCGAGGAAGAAUGAUCAAUGCCGGUAUCCUGAUUAUUGACAAGCACGGGAGAGAGAACGUGUCAUUGUUAUUUCCAAUUUUUGAGAACUACUUAAACAAAACGGCAUCGGAUGAAGAAAAGUAUGAUUUGGUCCGUGAGGGUGUAGUUAUCUUCACAGGAGCUCUGGCCAAACAUUUGGCAAAGGAUGAUCCUAAAGUUCAUGCUGUUGUUGAGAAAUUGUUGGAUGUGUUAAACACGCCAUCGGAAGCUGUUCAACGGGCUGUCUCAAUGUGCCUAUCUCCACUAAUGCAAUCAAAGCAAGAUGAUGCACCUGCUUUAGUUACUAGGCUGUUGGAUCAAUUGAUGAAGAGUGACAAGUAUGGGGAACGGCGUGGAGCGGCUUUUGGACUUGCUGGAGUGGUUAAGGGAUUUGGAAUUUCUUGCUUGAAGAAGUAUGGUAUUGUGGCUGUAUUACGGGAAGGUCUUGUGGACAGGAAUUCUGCAAAAUGUCGUGAAGGAGCUUUACUAGGAUUUGAAUGCCUUUGUGAAACACUUGGAAGAUUGUUUGAACCCUAUGUGAUUCAAAUGUUGCCAUUACUUUUGGUUUCUUUCUCCGAUCAAGUUGUUGCUGUUCGAGAUGCUGCUGAAUGUGCUGCUCGUGCAAUGAUGUCUCAACUUAGUGCUCAGGGGGUGAAGCUUGUACUUCCAUCUCUUCUAAAGGGUCUUGAAGAUAAAGCAUGGAGAACAAAGCAAAGUAGUGUACAACUACUUGGUGCUAUGGCUUACUGUGCUCCUCAGCAGCUAUCUCAGUGCCUCCCCAAGAUUGUGCCCAAACUUACAGAGGUUUUGACUGAUACCCAUCCCAAAGUCCAGUCGGCAGGGCAAAUGGCCCUUCAACAGGUUGGGAGUGUUAUAAAGAAUCCAGAAAUAGCUUCACUUGUCCCUACUCUUCUAAUGGGUCUAACGGAUCCCAAUGACUAUACGAAAUAUUCCCUAGAUAUUCUUCUCCAAACAACUUUUAUUAAUUCAAUUGAUGCUCCUUCACUUGCCCUUUUGGUACCAAUAGUACAUAGAGGGCUAAGGGAGAGAAGUGCUGAGACUAAAAAGAAGGCUGCGCAAAUUGUUGGAAAUAUGUGUUCAUUAGUUACAGAACCAAAGGAUAUGAUUCCAUACAUAGGAUUGCUCCUUCCUGAAGUGAAAAAGGUUCUUGUGGAUCCUAUUCCAGAAGUCAGAUCAGUUGCAGCUAGGGCCCUGGGAUCCCUUAUAAGAGGGAUGGGUGAAGAAAACUUCACAGAUCUUGUUCCAUGGUUAUUUGAUACGCUUAAAUCUGAUAAUAGUAAUGUUGAGCGCUCUGGAGCUGCUCAAGGGUUGAGUGAGGUUUUAGCUGCACUUGGAACUGUGUACUUUGAGCAUGUACUUCCUGAUAUUAUUCGAAAUUGUUCUCAUCAAAGAGCAUCUGUACGUGAUGGAUAUUUGACACUUUUCAAGUAUUUGCCAAGGUCACUGGGCAUCCAAUUUCAGAACUAUUUGCAACAGGCUCUUCCUGCUAUAUUAGAUGGUCUUGCUGAUGAGAACGAGUCAGUACGUGAUGCAGCACUAGGUGCUGGACAUGUCCUGGUUGAGCAUUACGCAACAACGUCUUUACCUCUGCUCCUGCCAGCUGUUGAAGAUGGUAUUUUCAAUGAUAAUUGGCGUAUUCGACAGAGCUCUGUGGAGCUGUUGGGUGAUCUCUUGUUUAAAGUUGCUGGAACUUCUGGAAAAGCUUUGCUUGAGGGUGGCAGUGACGAUGAAGGUGCUAGUACUGAAGCUCAAGGGCGUGCUAUUAUUGAGGUUUUGGGAAGGGAUAAGCGUAAUGAAGUUCUUGCUGCAUUAUAUAUGGUUCGAACAGAUGUCAGCAUAUCUGUGCGUCAGGCUGCUUUACAUGUGUGGAAAACCAUAGUGGCAAAUACUCCAAAGACUCUCAAGGAAAUUAUGCCAGUUCUAAUGAAUACUCUAAUUACUUCUCUUGCAUCAUCAUCAUCUGAAAGGCGGCAGGUUGCUGGACGAUCACUGGGUGAGCUUGUUAGGAAGCUUGGUGAAAGAGUACUUCCUUUGAUCAUUCCAAUUUUAUCCAAAGGGCUGAAUGAUCCUAAUACUGGCAGAAGACAGGGUGUAUGCAUUGGCCUAAGUGAAGUGAUGGGCAGUGCUGGUAAGAGUCAGUUAUUGAGUUUCAUGGAUGAGCUGAUCCCUACUAUUCGGACUGCCCUUUGUGAUAACAUGCCUGAGGUUCGUGAGUCUGCAGGCUUAGCAUUUAGUACUCUCUACAAGAGUGCUGGAUUGCAAGCAAUCGAUGAAAUUGUUCCAACUCUUCUGCACGCUCUGGAGGAUGAUCAAACUUCUGAUACUGCCCUUGAUGGGCUCAAGCAAAUCUUAAGUGUCAGGACUACUGCUGUUUUGCCUCAUAUUUUGCCCAAGCUGGUCCAUCUUCCUCUUUCUGCCUUUAAUGCACAUGCUCUUGGAGCUUUAGCCGAAGUUGCUGGAUCUGGUCUCAACUUUCACCUUGGCACUAUUCUCCCAGCUUUACUAUCUGCAAUGGGCAGUGAGGAAAAGGAUGUUCAAAAUUUGGCAAAGGAGGCUGCAGAAACAGUGACCUUAGUAAUUGAUGAGGAAGGUGUUGAGUCUCUAAUAUCGGAGCUUCUUAAAGGUGUUGGUGAUAGUCAGGCUUCAAUUAGAAGAAGUUCUUCUUAUCUGAUAGGGUAUUUCUUCAAGAACAGCAAGCUAUAUUUGGUUGAUGAAGCUCCAAACAUUAUAUCAACCCUGAUUAUCUUGCUUAGUGAUUCGGAUCCAUCUACUGUUGUGGUUGCUUGGGAAGCUUUGUCAAGGGUUAUCAGUUCAGUUCCAAAGGAGGUACUUCCUUCAUAUGUAAAAUUAGUACGUGAUGCUGUAUCUACAUCAAGAGACAGAGAGCGUAGGAAAAAGAAGGGAGGGCCAAUUUUAAUACCUGGAUUCUGCCUCCCGAAAGCACUUCAGCCAUUACUUCCAAUCUUCCUCCAAGGUCUAAUAAGCGGGUCUGCUGAAUUAAGAGAGCAGGCAGCAUUGGGUCUUGGGGAGCUGAUUGAAGUAACUAGUGAGCAAGCUUUGAAGGAAUUUGUCAUCCCAAUAACGGGGCCUCUUAUCCGGAUCAUUGGUGAUCGGUUCCCCUGGCAGGUGAAGAGUGCCAUUUUGUCUACUUUAAGCAUCAUGAUAAGAAAAGGUGGGAUGGCCUUGAAACCUUUUCUUCCUCAGCUUCAAACAACAUUUGUCAAAUGUCUACAGGAUAGUACAAGAACUGUUCGUUCAAGUGCUGCCCUUGCUCUUGGAAAGCUCAGUGCACUCAGUACCAGGGUUGACCCUUUAGUUGGUGACCUCCUGUCCAGUUUGCAGGCAUCAGAAGGUGGUGUUCGGGAGGCCAUUCUAACUGCUUUAAAAGGUGUCAUAAAGCAUGCUGGGAAGAGUGUGGGCAGUGCUGUUAGAAGCCGUGUCUUCGUUCUCCUAAGGGAUUUGAUUCAUAAUGAUGAUGACCAAGUUCGAAUAUCUGCUGCAAGCAUAUUGGGCAUCAUAUCACAGUAUAUGGAAGAUGCUCAGCUGACUGACCUGCUCCAGGAACUGUCGAGUUUGCUUUCAUCUCCUAGUUGGUCUGCAAGGCAUGGUUCGGUACUCACAAUCAAAUCCAUGCUCAGACACAAUCCCACUGCAAUUUGUAUGUCUCCAUUCUUCCAGUCUAUGGUAGACGACCUUAAGGAAACCUUGAAAGAUGAGAAGUUCCCUCUUCGUGAAACAUCAACGAAGGCUUUAGGAAGGCUUGUACUCCAUCAAAUUCAACACGAACCAUCGAGCAGCACUGCACAUCUGGAUAUUCUUUCAUCCGUGGUAUCUGCUUUGCAUGAUGACUCCAGUGAAGUGAGAAGAAGGGCAUUAUCUGCUCUAAAAGCAGUUGCAAAAGCAAACCCAUCAACCAUUUUGGCCCAUAUUUCUGUUAUAGGCCCCUCCCUUGCUGAGUGUUUGAAGGACGGAAGUACUCCAGUGAGACUUGCUGCAGAAAGAUGUGCUCUGCAUGUCUUCCAAUUGACAAAGGGUACAGAAAAUGUUCAAGGUGCACAGAAAUUUAUAACAGGCUUGGAUGCGAGACGACUAUCAAAGUAUCCUGAACUGAGUGAUGACAGUGAAGACAGUGAAGAUGACUCGGCAAGUGGCUGAUAAUCAAUUCUUUGCUGAGCCUACUUAAAUUUUAAUUCUUCACGAGUGGAGGUAUGGGGAAUUUUAACUAAUUGAGAAGUCAGUUGCCAGAGUUUGAUAAGGAUCUUCUGUUUAAUAUAGAUACACAGACACACAGUUAGAGGCGUGAUACCCAAUUUUUGCUAACCUGGGUGUUACGAUGUCAAUUUCUUGUGACUCGGGUUUUGACAAUCAUGUGUACAAAAAUGAGGGCAAACAGUGGCUUGAUUUUUGUUUGGCAGUUGUAUCUGUUAUGUUAGUUUUGAGUUGAUAUUUAAAGAAUGUCUUCUUGUAAUUGUAUCUACUCCAUAAUUUCAAAUAGUGAAAAUAUUUAUUUUAAAUAGAAGCAUGUUAACUUA